CACGGCUGGGAUCCAGCAGCUUCCAAGUCAGGGCCCUUCACUCCUCAGAGGGAGCCUGUGGGGGUCGAGGGCUCAGGGCCCCCAGCAAGAGCCCCUUGGUUCCCCUCUGUCCUCCCCAAGGAGACGCGCCUGCGGCCUGGUGUGCUGCUUUGUCCUCCAGUCAGCCUGGUGGGGUGAGCACCAAGGGCUGGACUGGGGCCGAGAGGGCAGGGGAACUGGCAGGGCCCCGCUCAGUGCUGGGCACUGUGAGGCGCCCGUGCUGCAGAAGCCCUUGUCACUCAGGGCUGCCGUUUCCUGGAAGUGAGCAGCCCUGUGAGCCGGGGUUAACUGUCUCGGAUCCCGCAGCUGAAGAGCUGCGCCCUGGUCCCUCCUCUCAGUGAUGGGGUACACAGUGGCUGCUCGUGCUAAAGGGGCAGGGCAAGGGCCUGCUGGUGUGUCUGAAAGGCAGACCCAGUCUCCAGCUCCCACAGGUCCUGGGCAGGUGGUAGGGUCUCGCUAAAAUUGCUGUCUUUUGCCUUCCUUGAAUGUGACUUUCGUGUUUCAUUGUGCCUAGUUUUAUGGCCCCGGAAGUGCUUGAGUGACACUUACUGUGUGGCAGGCACCGUUCCAAGUGUUUCGACUGUGACUGAUUUAACUCUCCCAAGGGUCUCUGAGCAUGGAGCUGUCAUCAUCACCCCACCUCGCCAGGGAGUUUAGGCAGCUUGCGUGGUCCAGUCUGGCAGUGGCAGUGCCGGGUCUGGAUGGUCUGUUUCAGUCAGCGUGGUACAGGCUCCUCUCCGUUCCAUCCUAAUUACCUGUUGAUGGGAGUGAUAUCAAAUUGUCUUUUGAAACAGGUUCGUUGGAGUCCAAAAUAGGAGACAAGGUAAAGAUAAAUAGCAAGUAGAUAACAGUGCCAAUGAAAACCCUGGUGAUUAUGAGUGGCGGGAGUUCUGGAACAUUCCAUCGUGACUUCAGGAACACAGCAGGCAGGCCAGGAAAGCUGAGUUUAAAGGACAGUUGUCCAAGGAGAGAACUGAGCUCAUGCAAAGGCAGAGUUUCCGUGGGGCAUAGGGUGUAGAGAGCUGGGGAGUCAUUCAGGGCAGCUGGCCAGUAAUAGCAGGAAUCCCAGCCCUGGUCUGGCCCUUUGCAGUUCACAAAGCAUUGUCACAUCUGCUCGCUCACUGCCUAUUCUUAGCUGCCAGGUCCAGAGGACAGCACUGUUCCCGUUUCAGAGGUGGUAACUGAGGUCAGCGACUGAUCAGAGAGGAGCUCUCGUGCUCCAAGACCCACUGGCUUCAGAUUCUGGGCUCUUUUCUCCACUCCUCAAUACCAAGUAUCUUUGGUGGCAAGCAACAGAGCUCCUGCAGUCUCGGGAAUUCAGGAUGCAACUGCCUGGCUGGGCCGCUGCCUGGCUCCUGCUGAUGCUCCAGAGUGGAUGGGGCUGUCCAGACCUCGACUGCUACACCGAUUACCUGCAGACGGUCGCCUGCCUGGCAGCGAUGCAGCCCCUGCGCUCCCACAGGCUCUCUCUUACCUGGCAAGACCCAAACAUGGAGCUGCAGGACGAGGUCACCUUCUGCAGCCUGCACAGAUCCAGCCACAACGCCACACAUGCCACGUACACGUGCCACAUGGAUGUGUUCCGCUUCCUGGCUGACGACAUUUUUACGGUUCACAUGACGGAUGCGUCUGCCGGUGACUCCCAGGAGUGCGGCAGCUUCCUGCUGGCUGAGAGAAUCAAGCCGGCUCCUCCCUUCAAUGUGACUGUGACCUUCUCGGGACUCUAUAAUGUCUCCUGGCGCUCCGAUUACGAAGAGCCCAUCUUCUACGCGCUGCAGGGCAAGCUGCAGUACGAGCUGCAGUACAGGAACCGCGCGGACCCCUGGGCGCUGAGCCCGGUGACAAAGCUGAUCUCAGUGGACUCCAGAAGCGUUUCCCUCCUCCCGGGGGAGUUCCGAAAAAACUCAAGCUAUGAGCUGCAGGUGCGGGCGGGACCUCAGCCUGGCUCCUUCUUCGGGGGGACGUGGAGCGAGUGGAGUGACCCCGUCAUCUUUCACACCCAGCCUGAAGAGCCCAAGGCAGGUUGGGACACUGGCCUGCUGCUCCUGCUCCUGUCCCUGGUUGUCCUGGUUCCCCCGGCCAUUGUCUUCGUGGGCCUGAAGAUCCACCUGCCCUGGAGGCUGUGGAAAGAGCUGUGGGCGCCCGUGCCCAGCCCGGAGCGGUUCUUCCAGCCCCUGUAUGAGGGCCACAGAGGAGACUUCAAGAAGUGGGUGGGAACCCCCUUCACUGCCUCCAGUCUGCAGCUGGCACCCUGGGGCCCAGCAGCGCCGUCCAUCCUGGAGGUGCCUGACUGCCAGACGUCCUGGAACCUGGCCAAGGAGCUGGAGGCCCUCGGCCUGCCGGGGCCCGCAGACCUGCUGGAGUCCGACGGGGCACCUGAGCCCAGGUCCUCCUCCGAGGAUGGCAGCCCUCGAGGCUCAGACUACGGCGAGGAGAAGGACCGGCCGUACGGCCUGGUGUCCCUCGACACUGUGACGGUGGUGGACGCGGAGGACGUGUGCGCCUGGCCUUGCCGCUGUGGGGAUGAUGGCUACCCGGCCCUGGACCUGGACACUGGGCUGGAGCCCGGCCCCAGCCCGGGGGACCUGCUCCUCGAUUCGGGGGCCACAGUCCUCUCCUGCGGCUGCGUCUCAGCAGGGGGCCCCGGGCUGGGCGGGGCUCUGGGCAGCCGGCUGGACAGGCCGAAGCUGUCCCCUACGGGGGAGGAGGGCUGGGCCUCGGAGCCACCCUGGGCCGGGCCGUCAGCAGGCAGCGUCUCUGGGAGCGAGGCGGGCUCGCCCCCCGCUGGGCUGGACAUGGACACAUUCGACAGCGGUUUUGCGGGCUCCGACUGCGGCAGCCCGGUGGAGUGUGACACAGGGCCCCCCCGGAGCUACCUCCGCCAGUGGGUGAUCUCGGAGCCCAUGCCUGAGGGCACCGAGCCCCAGGCCAGCUAGGGAGACGGGGCCACCUGGUGGGGACAGGAAGGGUCCGGUGUGGGCCUCUGCUUCCAGUGCUCACACCACAGAGUGCAUGUGUGGGGGCUGGGGUGCAAUACGCCCAUGGUCACUGCGAGUGGCCCCCACCCCCGUGUUGGCUCCUGUGCAGCUGGGGAGCCCCAGAUGCACGGUUCGGCCUCCUUCUCCCAAGGGGCCGGCACUGUGUGGGACCGAUGUCAGCCCAGCCCGGCGCCCCCAGAAGCCGCAGCGAUCCAGGCCACUCCCCACCUGCCAGGCAGGGGAAGGGGCAGAGCGAGGCCGCAGGGACCCAGGGGGUGGGACACUGCGAAGGGAGGACGCAGGUCGGCCGUGCAGCCUGGGCAGCAGCUUCCGGCCCUCUGUGGCCGGCAGGGGAGGGGCAGCACUGCAGCCUGACUCCACAGCCAGUGGGGCAGCCCCAACGGGCACACGGGGCUUUCCGGCUGGAAACCACUCGGCCUGAGCUCAGAAACAGCCCUUUCAUCAAGAUUUCUUUUCCUGGCUUCUGCUGCCCAUUUUAAAAAAUCCCUCUGACGUACCCAAGAACUAUUCAUCUAGCACCAGUUGGCAUUGUGCCAGGCUGCCCAGAGCCGCUAGCGCCGAGGGGCCUCCCCUGUGGGCCGCAGUGUGGGGUGGGCACACAGCCCGGCAGGCCUGGCCACUGCACCCUGCUCUCCCCUCGCCUGUUCAGUCCUCUGCCCCCUUCUCCCUCUGGAGCUGGGGAAGCCGAGCCGCUGCCAGUGUUGAAAUGUGAAUUAAGAAGCCAGUUCUCGGCACGCGCUGCCUGUAGCUUUAGUGUGGAGCUGCCUGUGGCUGCCGGCCGGCGUGGCACAAGCUCACCGCCCAAGAAGGACUGCGGUCCAGGAGGAGGACUGCGGUCCCGGAGGACGCCCCCUAGAGGUAGCGAAGCCUUUUCAGGACCAGGCUGGUCAAGGCCGGCGUGCGGUCCAGUUCCGGAGGCGCGGGAACCUAGGCAGCUUGUGCUGCCCGCCAGCGGCUUCCCGAGGAGAAAGCAGCACAGUGCGUCUGCUUUGGGAGCGGCUGGGGAGGUCCCCGGGGCUGGGAGGUUCUAGAACUCCAGGCUGUGGGCUGGGAUGCGGGGUGCGGGGAGACACAGCUCCUGCACAUGCAGGCUGCCCCUCCUCCUCAGGCCCCGGAGACAGCGGGGUGCAGACGUGCGGUGGCUUCACACCUCUUGGGAGUAACAGCUGCGGGCCUGAGACGCUGGCUCCCAGGGACCAGCUCAGCGCUGCAGCUCACGGGGCGUGGGCAGGGAGGUCACGCUCCUCCCCGAUGCUCCUGAGGCGGAUGCCGCUCACUCCCUUGCUCCGGAGACGGAGCCACCCCCUGGUGGUGGAUGCAUGGGUGAGGAAGGACAGGCAGGGCCUGGAAGGGGGACAGGUUGGACAGAGACAGAGACCUAGGUGCUGGAAACAAAGCCAGAUCAAGCAUGAGCCCCUCCCGGGCAGUGACUGUUUGCUCAUUGCUUUGUGCCCCGUCUGGCACACAAUAGGCACUCAAUAAAGCCUGAUCUGCAGUGUCUGCUCAUUUCCCUGGUGUAAAUACCUCUACCGUGUCUCAGGCUCCUAACCUGAUGCUAGUGAUGCAGUGAACUGUCCCGCCCGGAGUGCCCGGAUGGCCCAGAGCUGACCAGAGCGUUCCAACCUCCUGCCCAGGACAACUCUGGGAUGAACAAGACCCAAGCUGCUUCCUGCUCUCUUGCUGCUGGGAUUGCUGAGCUGUAGGGAGGGACUGAGCUUGCAGCAGCUGGGGGCCACCAGGAGGGAUCGGCUUGUUUGACCUGAAAA